AAUCUUCUUCAAGUCCUGAGGCUCAUGUAUGAUGUUGGCUUGACUGCACUAAGGAAACUUUUCAUGGAUAUUCACCCCACUUGGUCAAACAAUUCUGCUGAUGCAAAAUCUCUUGUUAAGGGGUCCAUGAAACUUAAAGGGCAUGAAUUGGCUUCUUUCAAUAAAGGUGACAUCAACAAAUGGGAUGUUUCACUCAUUACGACCGUACUUUUGUAUUCGAAGAAAUGCAAUGAUGAAAUCUCCAAGAAACCAGGGUUUGAAGAUGCUAUUCGCAGCAUUAAGGAUUAUAAGAACAAGCUGGUUAGCCAUCCACAUGAUGAGAAAAUGUCUGAUGCUGAUUACCAAGUCCAUUGGCCUGCAAUAUCUGGACACCUAGAAACUAUUGGAGCAAGCAAGGAAGAAAUUGAUACUAUUCUCAAAGAAAACGUUUUAGAAAAUGGCAAAGUUUACCGCGACCUUUUCCUCCAGGAGGUUGCUGCUCAGUCUGCUGCGGUUGAAGAGAUUCGACAGCAAGGUCAAAUGGUUAAUGAAAAGCUUGACACCAUAAUUGCGAACCAAACGAAUAGCGGUCAGUCUGAUAUCAGAAACCAGCUGAGUCCCCGACGUGGCGGUCCUAAUUGGGAUGAAUGGAUGAAGUUCUUUAAUGCUGUUCGUGGUUUUGAUCAUUGCCAGAAUAAUUAUAUUCUCAUAACUGACGCAAUUUCAUCAGAUUUGAUGGAGUGUUUUUCCACUCUUCGAAGCGUACCGUGGAAAAUGGUCCUCGAUCUUGACUCCUCAUCCGAAGAGAAUGGAAUGUAUAAAGACUUUGCUUCAAAGGAUGGGAAGAACAGUCUCAUUAAUAUGAUCACACCUGCCGAGAUAGGACGCCUGUCUAUCGCCAAUCUUGCUCGGCACAUUGAUGCGAACAAGACUCAAUGGAUGUUUGUCAAUGGAAGAGAGAGCGAUGGAUCUGACGGGGGGCCUCAAGAUUUUGAGGACUGGGAAGAUAUUUCCGUCAAAGAAAUUUCAGCCUUUUUCAAGUGUUUCUCAGAACCCGAAAAACUUGACAAAAAUAAGCCAGUUGUUUGCUUAGUAUUGCCAUUCAGAGAAGAAACAGCUGAUUUUUUGGAUGUAACGAUAAGAAGGCUGCUGGAAAAUUUCAAUGAUUUUAACUUAAAUUUCGUUGAGGUUACGCCAAAAGACCAGUCCUCUGCAUUUCCAGAAAAAUUGCGAAAGAAGCUAAAGUCCAAAUUGUGCACUACAGAUCUUGAUCCAGAUGUUUUGUGUCUGGGAUUGAAACAACUGUUUAACAUUUCUUCACAGCAAAGUUACCGCAUGCCAUCUUCUCAAGCAAAGAUAUCUGCAGAGCUGACACAAAAAGAGUACCUGUAUCUCAAAGAGUAUUUAGAUGUGCUGUACGAAGGUUGUGAGGAUCUGCCAAACAUGACCGAUGAUGAAACAGACGAAGAAGAUGAAGACAAAUUUGAUGACUUGAUUGAAGAACACAAAAAAUCCUUUAUGUCUGGAAAUUGGAUUUCUUUUUUAAGUCUAUCUUACAACCAUGACGCAAAAAGAGAAAUCAGCAACGAAAUUCGUAUCCAUAUCCAGCGUCUCCUAGAUCAGGGUCCCACACACCCGUCUAUUGUUGAAGUUUCUCAUUCUCCGGGUUCUGGUGGGUCAACGAUAGCGAGGCGUGUGAUGUGGGAUAUACACAACGCUUACCCGUGCACAUUUGCAAAGCUAGAGGACCAUAAACUUGAUCUUGAAGAUGCAGACAGUGCUUUCCUAAAUAAUUUGGCUGAGCGCAUUAGUUUUCUCCAAGAUAAAUGUAACACAACCCCAGUGGUACUCCUAGAUGGAAAGCACGCUAGGAUUGAUGCCCUGAGUAACAGGUUAUCUCGUAUUCUUAAGAGCAAAGGAAAGAAAGCUGUCUUGUUGAGGUGCAAUCAUAGUUCAGGAAGGCAUAAGAGUCAAAAUACAGAGUCUUCAGAUGUUCAUGCUGUUUUUGCUGUAAACGUAAAACUUGAACGAUCAAGCACAGAUUUAAAAGAAUUUGAAGAGAAAUACAAAGAUUAUAUUCAAGGAUUUAAGGAGAUAAAAUCAGUGUCAGGCCUCUCCAGAGUGUUCCAUUUCCCACUCGUUGCCAUGCUAGAGGAAUUCAGAGAGAAGUUGCAGCAAAUAGUUUUUGAAAGUUUUGAAGAAAUGGAAUCCACAGAGAGGGAAAUAAUCAUUGUCGUUGCCUUUUUACAAAGGUACGCGGCUCAAGCAACACCAGCUCCUUUGUUAUACGAAGCAUUCAAGAAUUCUGUUCUUCAACCCGAGCUUUUUCACCGCGAGCGACAGGGGAUCACAUACGAAGAUAUAAGCAAAAUCAUGCCAAAACACAUGCAGUUUUGGAAUUUGAUGGUGCCUGCUUACCCUGCGAAAUACAUUCAUCGGGGGCGAUUUAAGAGAACCAACAAAUUUCAAGAAAUGUAUACUCUAAAGCAUCCUGUUGUUGCUGAAUUAGUCCUCAAGAAAGCAAAGAUUUCUCUUGAACGUGAUACGCUCUCCAUUGCUCGUGAUUUCCUUGGUCUUCUUAUUUACGAAGAUAACCGUUUCAUCCCAUUAAUGCAAGAUUUGUUCGUGCAAAAUGGUUGUGGUCCAGGAAGGUUCUCUUUGCUAUUCGAGGAGUUGAAGAGAAUAAGUCCACAAGAAGCUGGGGAUGUGUUUUACGAGGCCGCAGAAAAGACCAAAGAUGUUGUUGUGGUCACAAGCGCAGCACGGUUUUAUGCAAAGGUACCUCCGCUUCCAUUUUCAAAAGCUAAAGAGUUGAUCAAAAUGGCUUUUAAAUGUAGAAAUGCCAAAGAAAAAAAGAAAACGAUUCAUGACGUAAAUGGCAUUGUUCUUCUAAAAGAGAUGAAGUUAUUUUCAAAGAGAGGCAAAAUCAAAUCCUUACAAGAAUUACAAGACAAAGCAGAGGAAGUUCUUAGAUCAUUUAGAAAUGCAAGGACCUUUCCACCUACCUUCCCUAACCCUCUUAUUGGAGAGGUCAAGACAUGGUUGACUUGCAUAGAUUGGAUAGCAAAAAACCACUGUCAUGGAGACACUGACAAAGCCUUGGAAUUCAUAACCUCAAAUGAUGCUCCCCCCUUCUUUCGUUCGUGUGUGAAUGAGUCAUUUCAUCUUCUCAACAUUGUUGAUGAAAUUGUUCAAACAGUGAACACUUUGUCAGAUCCAGAAACCACACAGAAAGAAGCUAACUCGGGACGCAUUUCACUCAUGCAAACUUUCAAAAAGGGAAAAAGCGACACUGAUGACGUAAUCAAAGCAUGUAGAGCUCUUUGCUCUGUGGACAGGUUCCCUACUUCAUCUGAACUGGAGUUAAAGCGGCUUCAAGUACAAUACGUUUUUAGCUCUAGAAAAGCGCUUGAAUCACUCAAUGGUGAAGGACACAAGUACUUGCUUGAUUUACUAACAGAGUUAGUCGAGGUUGAGAAAGACGCAAUUUUUGCUAAACAUUUAAUGAGAAUUUGCGUUCUUAUUAAUGGAUAUUCAUUGGAUAAAGGUCUGGAAGUUUGUGCAAUUUGGAGCAGGAAUUCCAGUUAUGAUGCUCUUCCCUGUUUUUACGAAAUGAUGAUUUACUUCCUGAAAAUUCUCGAUGGAGAGGGUUUGGAGUUAAGGUCAAAUUAUCAAGAGGCCCUAGAGAAUUGCCGAAAAAAGUCCGAAUACAAUUGUAGGAGGACAAUGAACACUCAUUAUCUAAGUAAGGCAGGAGAAGGAAUGUCUCGCCUUAUGAACAGAAAUACCUUGUUUCAGGGUGAAACAGAAUAUAAAUCCCCCAGCGAAACACCUGAAACCUAUUGGAAGACCAAUAGCCGUAAGAAGCUUCUAGAGUGUUGUGGUCGCAUACGAAUCAGCCCAUCAUCAUAUGGUAAAAAGAACUACCAUAUCGAGCUUCUUCAAAGCAACAUCAGGCUUCAUGUCGCCAAGAGCGCUGGCAUUGGAGAGGCUGGUCCAGAUUUUACUCCUAACAGCCAGGUCUACUUCGUCGUUAGUUUUAACCUCCUAGGGCCAGUUGCCAAUGGCAUAACUUUUGAACCAUGUAUCCGUAGUACGUUCUACUGAAAAGGAAUGAGAGAACUGAUUCUUAAGACUUUGUACCAAAUUUCUUCUGCAACGUCUGUACAAGAUAUAUGAACAAAUUUUCAUUCAAAUGAAAGACUUGACAAGAUUGAGUAAAGCUCAACAAAAACAAAUCUAUUUUUGUGAUUCUUCCUAGAAAAUCAGCAAAUAGCAGGAAUUAUUACUUACAAGUUAAAAAAUGAAAUGCGGGAACGUUACUGACUGUGCUACAGUAAUUUGAGUGCUUAUGAAGAAAAAGAUCUGGCAUUGGCAUGGUUCUAGGGACUGUUCCUUAUAAGAAUGAUUGAAAACCAGCAAUUAUCACCAGGUAGAAAGUUACAACAUGCAAGCAAAAAAUACAAAUAAGUGUCAGGUAAAAGGGUUGAAGCUCUGUGGAUAUUUCUUUUACUUGGUAUAUAUCCCUACAAUUACUUACCAGAUAAAACAACCAUUAGUUCUCUAUGAAUAUAUUAGAGUAGAUAAUGUAAUUGAACAAAGUUCAUACAAAUAUAUAUAUAUAUCAAUUCUUUUUACGAUUUUAUUGAAGAACCAUACACGUUUUGAACUUCAAGAGGGCGAAACCCUCAAAUUUUGCACAGGACUUUUUACUUUUUUUGUAAUUUUUCCGGAAUAACAGGUUAGUAAUAUCCCAUUAAUUUUCAAAGUUUAAGACAAUUUUGUUGAUUAGAACAAUGAAAAAAAUGUUCUGUUUGUUUUGUGCUCAAUUUGUACGAUAUUUCGCACACCGUAACCUCGAAACUAAAAAAAACGUUUUUUUCAUUAUCUACGAUAGUUGAUUAAAACAACUUUUAUGGGUAUUUUAUAAAUAUAGUGUUAGUUACGUGUUCGGAGGAAAUUGCUCAUGUUUCUUUCUUGGUUUCGGUUUUAUGAUUUUUUUUGUAGAGAGCUUAAUUUUCGCUAUUUUUCUUCGAAAAGUUUACAAACGCAUGUCAUUCCAGAGUGAUAAUCUCAAAAACAAGCUCGUGGAACCCGAUUUUUCUUUGCAUUUUCGGAAUCAGUAUUAAAUUUCAGGUUAAAAAAAUUCAAUUUUCUCUUUAUUAUUUACCACACCUUAAAAAGUCAAAAUUAAUAUCUUUGAAAUUGGUAAAUAAUAAAGAGAAAAUUGUUCCUAAAUUCUUCAAGAGAUUAAAAGAUACUUGUCAAAAUACUGGAAUACUUUUUGAGUAAUUUCAGGUUCAGUACAGAUCCUACAACUGGCUACUUUUAUUUGCCAACUUAGUCAAACAGUUCUUCAUCAAAAUGCUAAGGCAACACCUAAGGAUUAGUAAUAUCAGUUGUAAGUAUCGCUAUAAAAAGAUUCACACAAACCGGUUUAAAGCCAAAGAAAACAAUAACAAGCAUACAAAGGCACUUGGGAUACUAGUGAAUCAUCCUCUGCCUCUCACCAAUACGACCCAGGUUCGAGUCGAUCAAACCCACUGAGCUUGUUGUUGUAUGUGAGCUGCUUGUUGGUUCUCUCCUGUGCUUCAAGGGUUUUUCUCUGGGUUCUCCAGUUUUCCUCCCUCCACAAAUAUCAACUUCUAAAAUUCUAAUUGGAAUAUCAGUGGAUGAAGAGCCAGCCACUAUGUCCGGAAGGCCACUACACAGUUUUCUUUUUAUUCAAUAGCAAGUUGUCCUUAAUAUUGGGGUGUCCACAGGGGGAGAAUCAACUGUAUUGUUUUAAUGAUAAGAAUAAUGGUUGCCCGAGGUAACAAAAUAACAGCAACACAAAUGAAAUCACAAUAAAUAUUACACUAAAUAUC